ACGCACUGUACCACUCGGAGCACUCGGAGCUAGUUGGUGUGAAAUAACGGACGUGUGCUCCUGGCUGCCUUGCGAAGGGAGACCAAGACUAGUACAAGUACUAUUACUGCUGGAUAUCCAAGGGCAAGAAGGAAAGAAGACUCCCGUUUCAAAAGUUGGACGUGUCCCGCCCGUUCAGCGCCAUUCUCCCACCCUCUACCACCCCAGCGUUUGAUUGCCGGCUCCCUCCUGCUGACUUGGGUGCUGGCCCGUUGAAACCAAUCGAUAAGAGCUUUGAAGGCGCGCUUAGAUUCUGAAAGCUUUUUCUCUUUGCGGCAGUUUGGGUUUGUUGAAUCUUCGAUCGCGUCUUUCGCUUGUUUGUUCUUUGUAGAGUUUCAUCCAAAACAGAAAGCAGCUGAAAUUUUCAGGAGAAAGCGAAACAAAACAACAACAAGAAAACAAAAAGAUUCGGAAACGGACCGCUGAGAUAAAGGGAAAAAGAAAGAAACAGUGGCAGGGUUGAAGAGCCCCGUUUAUAUAAAUGUCAAACAGAAACGAACGCAGUCGGCUGCUAGCUUCCUUCAAUAACAAAAGGCAGCUGACGUGAGCGUGUGCUCUGUGGUUAAACGAUCUCGAGACGGUUGGAGGAUUUGUUAUGAUGGCGUGAAAUCAAUUUAUUGUUUGUUUGUUUUGGUGUGGUUCACUAGUCUCGUACGUUAUAUAUUAGUAUUGAUUAUUCGGGUUCGAAUUUGUAUGAAAAAUGACCAGUGUCAAAGAGAACCGUCAAAAUCCAGCCGAGUCAUCUCCGACGUAUUGCAACUGUCAGGACGCUGCAAACAGUCACGUUUAUCAGCAGCAACGAAGCUACGUCCGAUUCAAUUUUAGUCAACUGUGCCGAUUCACUGUAUCUCUUCCUCUCAUUGGUCUCGUCAUCUGUUUUGUCUCUGCCAAUAUCUUCCAGCAAAAUGACAUCCAUGAAACUCACUGCAGGGUUUAUAAUGUUAUUCCUUCUAUCAGUGCAAUCACUGGCAUUAGUCCCCAGCGAUACAUCUGGAGAAUUGUUAUCGCCCUCCAUGUGGGUCCCCGAUUCCUCACCUCAUUAGUUUACCACCGAUUUUACCUGAACCAACUAUCCAGAGUUAGUCAACUCAAAAAGAAGAGCUACCUCUGCCAUGUCUGGCUGGCCCUUUCACUUAAUCUCAUUGAGCAGGCUGCCCUUAUUGGAGUUACUUAUGUCUCAAACAGAGAAAACUAUCCUAUCCACGAGAAGAUCUUUAUUGUUUUCAUGGUCAGCUCUCAAGUGCAUAUGCUGAUUGUGCUAAGAUUACUUAAGAUGGCAGAUUUCGGUCGAGAGCUGUCUGAACAGCGCUCUUACUUCUUCAAACGUAGUCUCUUCUACUUGUCCCUUCUCUGCACUUGCGGUCUAUUAGUCUUCUUCGUCAAGCAUCGGGUGUACUGCCACGAUAUGGCCUUCAGCUGGUUCUCGUUCUUUGAGUACUGGAUCGCCGCUACCAACAUGGGCUUCCACGCUACCAUUAUUCUAGAUUUUCCUGACGAAGAUAUUAUUGUUGGAAGCAACUGGAAUAGUUCCAAAACAAAGAUCAAGUGAAUAACAUUAUGCGACUCGUCUUAAAUUUUCUCUUCCAUUUACUCUUUAAUUCAAACUGAAAAGAUGUCAUUUAUGCGCAUAGUUCAAAUUGCUCUAUCGUAGAACUGCACUUAACCUAAUGCAGCUGCACGUUUCCUGGUCAAUUAAAGUCCCUUAUCACAAGGCCUCGGCACUUAACUCACGAAGCCCUUAUAUAUGAUCUCAAUAAUUAUCUCAUCUUUUCUUGUUGAAUCUCUACUAAAAGUAUCCAAAGUGAAAUACUUCAAUUCUUUCUUUGCAUGAAGUCAAUUCCACCCUUUUAUCUCGUUCGUGUUGGACCCCGUGAAUAAGUAAUGAAAAUACAGAUUUAACUCCAGA